CGGGAAAGUAGCGGCGAGGCCCCGCCCUCAUGCGAGAGCCAAUCCAGAGAAGCUGAGGGACGACCCCGGAAGCGAGGUUCGCGGCGGCGAUUUUCCCUUCUUUAAGAUCUUGAUGGAUAAAAUAAAGCAGACAUAAUUCAUCACUAGAAAGAUUAAUUAUACGCUGGCAUUUGAAAUGCUUUGUAUUUAGAACAGUAAAAAUGGAAAAAGGGAAAGUAAAUGAUGAUGGAAAACCAGAUACAGAAAAUUCCUUGGACUUUUCUGAACACUUUAACCAACUUGAAUUGUUGGAAACGCACGGACACCUUAUUCCCACUGGUACCCAAAGUCUCUGGGUAGGGAAUUCUGACGAAGAUGAGGAGCAAGAUGAAAAAACUGAAGAGUGGUAUCAAUUGCAAGAAAAAAAAAUGGAAAAAGAUCCAAGCAAAUUGCUUCUUUGGGCUGCUGAAAGAAAUCGGCUUACUACGGUGCGGAGACUACUUUCUGAAAAGUCCACUCACGUGAACACUAGAGAUGAAGAUGAGUAUACCCCUCUUCAUCGAGCAGCCUACAGUGGACACUUAGACGUUGUGCGUGAGCUGAUCGCACAAGGGGCAGAUGUCCACGCGGUGACUGUGGAUGGCUGGACGCCCCUGCACAGUGCUUGUAAGUGGAAUAAUACCAGAGUAGCUUCUUUCUUACUCCAGCAUGACGCAGAUAUUAACGCCCAAACAAAAGGCCUCUUGACCCCCUUACAUCUUGCUGCCGGGAACAGAGACAGCAAAGAUACCCUAGAACUCCUCCUGAUGAACCGCUACAUCAAACCAGGUCUGAAAAACAACUUGGAAGAGACCGCAUUUGAUAUCGCCCGGAGGACAAGCGUCUAUCACUACCUCUUUGAAAUUGUGGAAGGCUGCACAAAUUCUUCACCUCAGUCAUAACGGUUCUAAUAAUUUUCCAAGUACCAGUGCCUCCUUUGUGUGAGAUAUGAAAUAUCCCCAUGAUACAGAAUUGACAUCAAAAAGUUUCACUGCAGACAUUCAGUGGUACACAUUUGAACGCCCUUCCGAGUGAAAAUGCCUACCGUUGAUGUCAAAGUGUGUUUGAAAGUUGUUUGGAUGUAUCUUUACUGAUUUAUGUGGAGUUUGUAAUUUUUAUCAGAAAUAAUUUUAACUUCUACUUAAAAACUUGUAAACGGGUUGUACAGAAAACUAAUGAUAUUUUUGGUGCUGAUCCAAGAGAAGUGUAUUUUUAAAUACCCCCCCCCCCCCCCGGAUCUUUGUUGAGUAUUUAGUAUAUUGACAUGUAUUUUUAUAAGGUGAGCUAACUCAGAAUUUAAAAAUCUUAAAUAUACUGGUGCAGGUCAGCUGUCUUCUCGACAUCACCAUAGCCAUUUGCUUUCAUUUUAAAUCAUAAGAACUGACUUAGCAGUGACUUGAAUCGUCAGAAGUUUAAAAAAAAAAACAAAACAAAACAAAGCAGGAGAAAAGCUUAGAUCUUCGUCUUUUAGAGCAUAGACCAUUUUCAGGAAAGUAGUUAGCUAAGUGUUUAGUCCAUGAAUGUUAUAUAUACUGCCUCCGCUACCACAGCUCACACAAUCCUGUGGACAGUCCUACCUCACCCUGGUCAACCUACACGAUCCUUAUUCCUUCCACUGGUGAGUCAGCAUGACCUUUCAGACAUGCACACAACUCUACCUUGGUCCAAGAGAUCAUAAUAUAUCUGCUCUCCAACUGGUUUUACCUGCCUAAUCCUGCUGUUUGCGGCACUGCUCAGAUGGUCUCUCCAGUUCACAGGAAGUAUUGAUUUUCCAAGGCCCUCCUUUUAUACAAGCCCUACAAAGGCAAAGAGACAAGGGACGAAGAAUUCUAAGAGUGAAAGGAUGAUGAUUAUAUUGGGGCUAGAACCACAAAGUGGCUAAGGCUUUAAAAAGCCACAGCAUGGAUAGCGACAAAAGCAUAAAUAUAAAUAUUCAGAAAAAAAAUAAAAAUUUUGAGCAACAAAAA